UUAAAACUUUGCCAGUGAAGAGUCAUAACAAGUUUUAGUUGCCCGUUGACUUUGCAUCUCAGUCAACGAUGGAGAGUGUUUUUUGCCAUCAAAAAAACUUAUAGAUCUACUAUAUUUUGACCUAGUCAAUACCUCUAUUAUCUAUACUCUAUAGACAGCCAAAAUGUCGAUUAGGCCCAUUUAUUAAAUAUUUUUUAAAUUUUAUAUAGAAAUCUAGAUCUACCCUGCCUAGAUCCUUCUACUUCUAGAUUCUAGAUCCUGAUCUAGAAUUAGAAUCUAGCCAGAUCUGUCAAAUAAAUUACAAUUAGUAAUUAAACUUCACUUUCACUAGUGUAGUAGUGUACACAGUACUGAGUACACUCAUUACACUCAACUGUGUAACUCUACAAUUUACACACUAAGUAUCACACUAUUAAAAUAAAUGGAGCACUCAAUGAGACUAGUAGAACAACAUUGCGCAAAAUAUUUGGAAAUGUUUGGAGAAUGCAUUCAUCGCUUUCCCCAUACAUGGCAAAUGGACUGUGAACUUGAAAGAAGAAAACUUGCCAGAUGCGCAGAGAUUAAUCCAGAGAUACUUCAUAUAAAAUCAGUGUGUGCCAAUCAAUUCCAUCUGUAUGAGAAAUGUAUGGGAGAAUCCCAGUCUGAUCCAGACAAAUGUACAGAGUCCUUCAGAAUUUUCUCUACCUGUGCUGAGGAAGCUUUAAAAACAUUCAAAGAUCCAGCAUCAAGUUUAGUAUCAUCAGCAGAUGGUAUAAAAUCUGAAGUAGAGGAUGAAGCUAAGCAAUGAUGACCUCCACUUAAUAGUAAUUGAUUAUGUAAAGCAUUUUUAACUAUGUAUUGUUCACAUUGAGCAAACUUUAAAGGUAACAUUUAAUAGUUAUAUUAAGUGAAAUAAAUUUUUUAACAUAACACACCUAUUGUUAUUUUCAAGUGCUGUAAGAUAUAGCAACAGUACUGUUUUACUUUAACCCUAGAAGUGUUGUUUUAUGGAAAAAUGUGUUUCUACUGCACUUUAACAGUUCUAAGCUAUUGGGUACACAUUUUGCACUUUUCAAGCACUUGCAAAAAGAUUUUUUUAAAAAUAAUCUAAAAUAAUUUAAACUUAUACCAACUGCCUUGACAAAGAUGCUCUUCUUAGAUAAUUUCUACAGCUAACAGUACAGUAGACAUUAUGAAACAUCUUUCACUUAGCUUUACGAACACAAAUGAGAUCAGUACAAAGCUUACUUAAUUUCUUUUAUUACAAUAAUCAUUAAUGUCUUUGGUAAAAUGACAAUAUACUAUUUCUGACAAUCUUUACCUGUGGGUGCAGAAUUGAAAAAUGUUUGGCAAUAUGACACAGCAACUAAAUUUCUCUGACUUAACUCAUUAUUUUACAUCAAAUUUAGUAGUUUUGUCAUUUCUAAACAUUUAAAUUUAAAACUAGUAAUUAUAUCAUUGAAAGUUAUGUUAAAUUGUAACAUAAUUGAAUGAAAGUUCAUAUGCACAAGAAACAUGUUUAAAGCUUUUACCAUACUUGUACAAAUUGAUCUAAGAUAGAAGUGUAUAUAAAAUGUUGUAUGCAGUUUGUUCUAAGGGCGUCAGAAGCACAUUUCAAAAUUACUAGGGCUAGGAAAACCUUUAAAUGUUUAAAAAUACAAAAGACAUUUAAACUUAAAAGCCACAACCGAAUUCAAAAAUGUAAAUGAUAGAAAAUGGUAUAUAGACUUAUAUAUAUAUUUAAUAAACCACCUUUUAAAAUAAUAGGGGACUCUAGGAUUCUUACUAGUAACCCUGAGCUAGCAUUCAUCCUUUAAAAAAUUGUUGUAAAAAAUAAAAAUUUGUUUUAAAUACAAGUUCUGACUUUAAUAUUUAGGAUAGAUACAGAUGACAAAAUCAGGAGAUCUCAAAAACACACAGUACAAGAUGAGUAUUUUCUUGAUUGUUUUUCAGUGCUAUUUGUAUCUUAUAUACAUUAGAAUACACCCACAGUAAACUCAAUCAAAGAAUAUCAUACAGAACAGAUAAAUGACAAUAUGAUAAUAUGGACUAAUGUAACAAAAAAAAAAGUACUCAGAUCUACAUUAAUUUUCUUAUAAUGGAUUUUCAAAAAUAUUUUGAAUUUAACCCAUUUAUAGACAAAAUUUAACUUAGCCCAGAUCAAGCAACCAUGAAAAACAAAUGUAUUUGAAGUUUACUUAGUAAAAAAAAAUAUCAAUUACUUUACGUAAGCUAUAAACAUUUUAGAAAAAAUUGAAUUAAGGUAUUGUAAUUUGGACUUCAAUUGAUUAUCUCAAACUGCAUAUUUAAUGGACAAUUUUCACUGUUUAAAGACUAAAUAGAUUUCUAAGGAAUUGUGGUUACUGAUUAUUAAAAACAAA